GCAAGGGACGCUCCUGCGAAUGAGGGGAAAGGAGGGUUUUCCAUCUUACCACCACUCACACCACUGGCUAACUCCCUCACACCCUUCUGUCUUGUCUUAAGAUCAGUACUACGGAGUGUGCCGGCAUCUCCCUAAGUCUCCCUGGGCUUGGCUCGCGGGGCGAGGCGGCGAGGACCCGCGCGCGCUCUGGCCCUGGAAGGGGCUGGCAAGAGAGGAUGCCUUCGGAGGCGCAGAACCCCAAAAUAUGGAUCACCUCAUGAACAGCUUGGAGGUCCAACUUAAUUCAGAAAGCGGUUCAAUGCAGGCAUUCAGACAGGUCACUGGCCCUGUUCAGAUCAGAGAUCCCCCUGUGACAGCACACAGAAGUAAUAUGACUUCUUCCCCACUCCUGGAUGCCAGCCCAAUGGAGCACCCAGCCCUGUUUAAUGAUAUCAAGAUUGAGCCUCCAGAAGAGCUCCUGGCUAGUGAUUUCAGCCUGCCCCAGGUGGAACCAGUUGACCUCUCCUUUCACAAGCCGAAGGCUCCUCUCCAGCCUGCUAGCAUGCUGCAAGCUCCAAUACGGCCUCCCAAGCCACCAUCUGCAGCCCAGGCCAUGGCGGUACCCACUUCAUCUGACACAGGCACUUCAGCGGCCAUUCCUACCGUUCUCACUCCAGGCUCUAUCCUGGCGUCCUCUCAGGGGACGGCGGGCCAGCCGAUUUUACAUGUGAUUCACACCAUCCCCUCAGUCAGUUUGCCAAAUAAGAUGGGUGGACUAAAAACAAUCCCACUGGUGGUGCAGUCUUUGCCUAUGGUCUAUACCAGUCUGCCUGCAGACGGGAGUCCUGCAGCUAUUACUGUCCCACUCAUUGGAGGGGACGGCAAAAAUGCUGGGUCAGUCAAAGUCGACCCCACCUCCAUGUCUCCCCUGGAGUUUCCAAGUGAUAGUGACGAGAGUGCGAUCGAGAGCGGAUCUUCAGCCUUACAUAGUCUGCAGGGAUUGCAGCAAGAACCAGCAACGAUGGUCCAAAUGCAAGGAGAAGACUCUCUCGACUUAAAGAGAAGACGGAUUCACCAGUGUGACUUUGCUGGAUGCAGCAAAGUGUACACCAAAAGCUCGCACCUGAAAGCUCACCGCAGAAUCCAUACAGGAGAGAAGCCUUACAAAUGCACCUGGGACGGCUGCUCCUGGAAGUUUGCUCGCUCGGAUGAGCUCACUCGCCAUUUCCGUAAGCACACGGGCAUCAAGCCGUUCAGGUGCACAGACUGCAACCGCAGUUUUUCUCGAUCUGACCACUUGUCCCUACACCGCCGGCGCCAUGACACCAUGUGAAUAUCCCUGGCCACAACAGACGUGCUGCACUGGUCUCCUGAGUGUGUGCUGAGGUCGAGACUAUGUUUGCCUCUUUGACUACAACUUGCCCCUGUGAUUGGGGUUAGAACAGCCUACUGAGCCGGGUUGAUGAGACUGGAGAAACAGUUAGCUGGUCUCCAUGUGGCUCUUCAUAUUCCGCUUUCACCUCUCCACUGUCCAGACUUCAGUUUUGUCAACCUCUUCCUGGGUUGAAUUCUAGUGCGGCGCCCAUGGUUGCCCUCCCUGAUCCCUCAUACUAUGUUAUAGACAUUUUUCCUACAAUAACAAACAAAACAGGAAUCAAACUCAAGGCUGUGAACAAAUAUCCGCUGCU